AUGAAGAAGUCUCAUCAGAUCUCAAUAGCAUCAAAAUCAUCGACGAGGAAGCCACUAAAAGACUUAUCAAAUAAUCACAGCAACAAUAGUAAUGGACGAUUCAUUAAAUCUGUGAACGCCAAGAAAAACUCAAUGCCAAGCAAAGAAAUUGGUGAAAAUAAAAGUGUGAUUAGGGUUCAAGAACAAGAAGAACAACAGGAAGAUGGCGAUGACUGUCUCGACCGCCUCUUGCUUGUCCAAUCUGAUCUCUCGUCUCUCACUCGCCAGAUAGAUGAACUUGUUGCCGAAGCAUUUAAACUGAAGGUCAGGAGCAAAGAGGGAAGAGAAGAAAUUGAAUCUUUUACGAAUGUCUUAUCCAAUAUGCUUUCUUCUUUAAAGCCAUGGGUCCCCAGAUUUCAGAAGGUUCUUUCCAGUCAUUUUGUGGAGCCUGAAAAUCAGUUACAACAUAAAACUGUUUCUGAAGUAAAUGAAGAUAAAAGCUUUGAUGUUGACAGCCCAGAAAAAACCAACAUGGAUUCGUUGAUCUCUCCUUCCCCCCUUGACUUGCCUAAACCAGUAUUUGAAAGGAUUGCUUUAAAUCCUGCUGUUGAGCUACCAUCACUUUUUACUGUUUCUGGAGAUGGAAAUGAAGAUUUGCUUGAAGACAUGGCAACAAAGCCGACCCCAACUAAGCCUGCUGAUUCUGUUGCAACUGAAGGAAAACUUGAGUGUGUUUCCUCCGCGACGUUUUCAAAACAAAACCACUCUGUUGUUAUGACCCCAUGCUUAAACAUGUCCCCUCCAAAAUCAUGUGUGCUGCUCGAACCCAUCUCGCAGUCCUCUCAUAAAGGCAAUUAUAGGUUGCGGAAGUCCACUCCGUUUCCUGUUGGAAUUCAUUCACACAUUUCUGAAUCCUCCAGCAGUGAAGGUUCUGAGGAUCUGACUUUGAAGUACCCAGAGCUCUUAGGGAUAAGACGAGCUUAUAAAUCUAUAAUGGGAAUUAAAGAUUUAGAGGCAUCUCCAAAGUGGUCCUUUUCACCUCCUAAAACUUGUAUUGUUUUGGAGCCACCAGUUGAGAAAUCAUUGGACAUCAAUGCUGCUGAUCACGACUUGAAAGUCCAUGCUCCUGUUUUGAAUCAGCUAACGAAUUUGACUCUCGCAAAAGAAUGUGAUGUUCAAGGAGGUUGUCAUCAAAUCAAGAAACCUUGCAAUGGAGGUAUCCAUUUCAUUUUCAUAAUAUUCCUUGCUAACUCUGAUAGUAUGUUAAACAUUAUCAUGAUCAAAAGCUCCUCCUCUCUUUCAACAGAACCUAUAUGUAGCAGCUUAAAGCUAAUUAAAAGCACUCCUUUAUGGAAGGAGCCUGAAAGCACAAUAAGGACAGGGAAGCGUCCUGGUGAGAAUACCCUGAAGAAGGAACUUUGGACAAGGUUUGAAGCAGCAUCUACAUAUGGGCUCUGUUUGAAUGCCUCUGCAUUCCAAGGGACUGGACGGAAAGGUUUUCUUGACAUGCUUGAUGAAGCUUCAUGUGGUGAGGGCAGUCCAACUGCUGAUGGUUUGAGAAAACAAAUAUUCUAA